AGAGAGAGAGAGAGAGAGAGAGAGAACUAACCUGCUGGAGUGUAGCGGUUAGGAAACGCGCACGAGCUGACUGCUAGACACGCGCGAGCUUUUCCACGCUACGGCACAAGAAGGAAACGGAAACUCAAUAUAUAUGAAUAAUCUGAGGGGUUUUUCCCCUCACAGUGAAAAUAAAUAACAUACCAGAGGGAAGGCAGCCAUGAGACUGAACAGAGACGCCGAGGACGGCAAAGGUUCCCUGCCACUGGGCGUGUUUCUCGUGUCAGUUGGUCUUACUGUGUGCGUCGUGUGGCUUGUGGCGCUCUGCGGCAUCUGUGGAUGGUGCCAACGCAGACUGGUGAGUGAUGUCACUUCCUGUUUCAAGGGGAAGAGGAAUAAGCCAGGUUUGGACACGGCGAGUUCUCCAGACUCAGUGUCGGUUCGAGGCCGGGGUGAAAAUAAAGCCAUCAAUGAUCUUGACAGAGACUUUUGGAAUAAUAAUGACAGCAGUAACGUUCAGCAACGGUGGAGCUCCUAUCCUCCUAAAGAGUUUCUCUUGAACAUGUCUCCUUAUGCUCCAUAUGGAGACCCUCGUCUAACACCCAAUGGCUCGUUGGAGAAGUGCGAGGUGGGAGGGGGGACAGGGGCCGGCCCCAGUCGCAGUGACAGCUCCAGGAGUGUAGAGGCAGGAAGCAGCAAGGUCGGGAAGUGGCAAACCGUCAAGAGCCACAUGCACUCCGGCAGCUUGCGGCCCAGCAAUUUUGGGGACACAUCCCCACUCUCCACAGCGUCCACUUUGGAGCACAUUGCACCCUCUGCGUGUCUUCCUCGGCCUCUCGUCAGACAGCAAAGCCUCCAGCAGCCCCUGACCCCCCGGCCCCCUCCGCCACCCAACGACCCCCCUGCCACCUCACAGAGCCUGGGGCAGUUACACAGUAGCUCCGGGGGCGGCGGGGGGCAGCGGGGGGGUGCAAGACCGGGGGCAAGGGGCAGCCCAGCCGCACCCGGGGCAUCUCGCUACAGAGCGGGCGCAGGGGCACGUUCCCGCUCUAACCCGGGCAGCUGGGAUCACAUGAUGGGGCAAAUACGCACCAGGGGCAUGGACGUCAAAUCCUUCCUGGAAGGUAAGAUGGUGGUGUUGUCUCUGGCGAUUGGCCUGGCUGAGCAGGACGACUUCGCUAACCUGCCAGACCUGCAGGAGAAUCCAACAAGCCAAGAAACUCCACCUGGAGACAAGAGAGCCAUCAGUAACAAGGCCAACAGCAGUCCUAAAGGACAGACCCCAGAUGAGAGCAACCGCCGCACGGAUGCUAACUCCUCUGUCUCAGACCUCGCCAACUCCGUCACCAGCGACAUGCUCAUGUUGUCUCCGGGCUCUGAAGAGGAGGAACAUGAGGGUCCAGUGUGUGAGAAGCUUGGUCGAAUACAGUUCAGUGUGGGCUACAGCUUCCAGGACUCCACACUUACCGUGAAGAUCCUUAAAGGCCAGGAUCUCCCGGCAAAAGAUUUCUCUGGAACCUCAGACCCCUUUGUUAAAAUCUAUCUGCUUCCAGACAAGAAGCACAAACUAGAGACCAAAGUGAAGAGAAAAAACCUGAAUCCUCACUGGAAUGAAACCUUCCUGUUUGAAGGUUUCCCAUAUGAGAAGGUGGUCCAGCGCACUCUGUAUCUGCAAGUGCUAGAUUAUGACCGAUUCAGCAGAAAUGACCCCAUCGGUGAGGUGUCGAUUCCACUCAACAAGAUCAAUCUUGCUCAAAUGGAGACCUUCUGGAAAGAGCUCAAACCAUGCAGUGAUGGCAGUGGUAGUCGAGGUGACCUUUUGGUGUCAUUGUGUUACAAUCCCACGGCUAAUACCAUCACUGUGAACAUCAUAAAGGCACGCAAUUUAAAAGCCAUGGACAUCGGCGGCACCUCAGACCCCUAUGUGAAAGUGUGGCUGAUGCACAAAGACAAACGAGUGGAAAAGAAGAAGACAGUAGUAAUGAAGAGGUGUCUGAACCCUGUAUUUAACGAGUCCUUUCCUUUCGAUGUUCCUGCUCAUGUGCUGAGAGAGACCACCAUCGUCAUCACAGUCAUGGAUAAGGACAGACUCAGUCGAAAUGAUGUCAUCGGCAAGAUCUAUCUCUCAUGGAAAAGUGGCCCUGCAGAGGUGAAACACUGGAAGGAUAUGAUGGGCCAUCCUCGCACUGCCGUUGCCCAGUGGCAUGCCCUCAAAGCUUAAUGGACCCACCCACUAGCCCCGCCCCUAGAUUAAACUCACACCUACAAGCCCCGUUAAUAUGCACAAGCUUGAACACGGGUACCAAAAGCCAUUCAACAUUUUCUCCUUUUCUCUCUUUUCUUCUAUGUGUGACUUCUUUAUCUAGUUUUUACAUGUUUUUCCUGAUUUGCACCUGCUAAGAUCCCUCUUUCCCUUUUUGCCAAAAAAAAAGAGGCUAAGCACUGCCAAGAAGAUUGUAAAAGUCCUGUGUUAUGUAAUAGAAAGCAGGCUUGUCUUCCUUCAUUUAUUUUGACUGUUCAGUUGCCUGGGGAACAACCCAACGUCCAACCAGGAUAAUGGGGCUUCCAAACAACUGAAAAAGUUAAAAACUCUGCCCUUUUACUGCCAUGUUUUUGUAUUCCUUCCUCCAUUCCUCAUUCCCCUUGUGAAGAUCCAUAAGGAUCGCCUUGCAGUGCAAUACUUGAUGGAAGAAGAGUUGAACUCUUUACUUGAACCUCUUCACCAUCUCUUGCCAGUUUUGCUGGCACCAAAUGUAGAAACCCAUGUUUGCUGGAAUUCCUUGUCAUAUGUUUGUACCGUGGGUGCCGUGAUGUGAUAAAAAAAAAGUUGGUGUUUGAAAAAACUUUCUUUUUAUGGCUGUAUCAAUGGCUUAGGGCAUUUGCAGACAUAAUUUGUUUCAGUUCUGGUUUGAAUGAAAAUGGUGGGAACAAUUUUGUCAAUAUAUAGAUGAAAACCAAGCUGGAUAUUUCUGAAUCAAUAUUCCUUUGUUGUUCUUGGAUUAACCCUGUUUGCUCACUCCACCACAUCCGAGUCCUGAGCCACUUAGAAACUUCCUUCAGAGUUAUUGUGUACGUAAACGUAAGCUCUAAACGUACACAAUAAAAAAUAAAAUUAAUUCUAAAAUACUUGUUGGAAUUGAUUAUGCAUCUCUUUUAAUAAUCAACAAAAUGAGGACUGUUAAGGUUUAUUAGUAGCAAGGUAGCCUGCUGAGCUGAGUGGUGCUACACAUUUGAGUGGUACACAUACAAACAUAAUAUUUUCAACAAAUGAUUGGUUUUGCUCAAACAGAGCUGUUUUACACUUUGGAAGCUGCUGCAUCUGGAGGAAUCUUCAAGUGGCUCAGGAAAGGGAGAGAUGACAUCAAAUGGUUCAGCUGCUGGAAAGGAUUGUUGAUUCUGGUACACCGAACAUCCAUGAACAUCUUCUACAUAAGCAAUCAACUCAUGUUGUUUAGCAUGGGCACAGUGUAGUUAGCCUAGCUCACAGAUAUCUAUCCAUCCAAAACAACAGAACUGAGGAAACAUCUGGGUCUGAUAUGAACAAAAGAACCAAAUGAUGAAAUUGUGAAAGUGCCCUUGGUGCAAAUCAAAGUCGAAAAGAUAAACAUUCCAAUAAUAUAUCAAACAGGGCAGGAGGAGGACUUCUCAACUUUUCAUUGUUGUUCUGAAGUCAGUUAAAAUGCUUAAAAGCUUCCAUGGCAGAGAGGUCUUAUGAUUGGUGUGUGUGUGUGUGUGUGUGUGUGUGUGUGUGUGUGUGUGUGUGUGUGUGUGUGUGUGUGUGUGUGUGUGUGUGUGUGUGUGUGUGUGUGUGUGUGUGUGUGUGUGUGUGUGUGUGUGUGUGUUAGACCAGUAGUGCUGCACUAUUAUUAGAAGCUGCAAACUCGAUGCAGUGUGUGUGCUGCAUCACCUGCAUUAUUUUCUUAACCAGAUCACUGCCAGUGUUAAACAAACUUUCUUUGUAGAGUUUAUUUUUUUGAGCCAAAGUAUACUUUAAAAUAUCCCAUCUACUGAGCAAAUGAUGAGCUUGAAGGGAAGUAGCAGUUUAUCUUUGUGUGAAAGUUGUAAUUUAUCUAGGCGUUGUCCUUUUUCUCACUAGUGUAAGUAAGAAAGUUAGAUAUGUGAGUGUUAACAGGAACAAACCGAUUCAGUUGGAGCUCAGCCCUUAUUAGCUCUCCUAUAGAAUCCUUAUUUUACUUUCCUAUAGUUUACUGUAUUUUCUGGAUUAGGCUAGCAUUUUAGGAUUGAAAUCACAGCAUUCCUUCAUCUGAUUGCUAAUUGUGCCCUGGGUUGAGCUAACAAUUCUAACAGGUUUAGCUGAGCACUGUACUGAGGAAAAAUGCAGUGUAAUAUGUAAUGAAACAGGGAUAGUGCCAUAACCAUGACAGAAUGGUUUGAGGUCCCAUGAGUCUGUAUGUUGUAACUGAAGGUAUGAUACAUAUCAAAGCAGGUAUUAUUGUUAGCGUGAUGCUUAUAUAGCAUAAAAAUCUCCCAGUGAUGCUAGCAGAACUGUUUGUGCUAGAGAGAUUCAGUGUCCAGAAAGUACAGUAUCUAUGUUGCUAUUUCAAUAGAGAAAUAUAAGCUGUGUGUGUGUGUGUGUGUGUGUGUGUGUGUGUGUGUGUGUGUGUGUGUGUGUGUGUGUGUGUGUGUGUGUGUGUGUGUGUGUGUGUGUGUGGCUUGAGGUCCUCAUGUUUGCUCUGAAUUUUGGGUUCUUUAUUUAUGGCACCUCAGAGUAGUGUUCCAGUCUCUACAGCAGGCAUGAGCCAAUAUUACAUUUUUAGAUCAUUCAUAAAACUUUAUGAACUCUCUUAAGACUUCGUCCUGGAAUCUAGCCUAGCUCCUUCUAAAUUAAAUUCAGUUGUAUUUGUUCAUUUAAAGUUUUCACAUGUUUGUGAUAACAUGAAUUGUGUGAUUUUGAUUGUUGGCAUAAACCUACUGUAAAGGUUCAGACUUAAGGUUCCAUAUUUCUUAUGUAAGGGAACCUGAGCAGACGUGUUUGAGAAACAAAGCUACUGGUAUCAUUUUUCUAAAAAUAAAAGUAAAGCUGGUUAACAUGUCAGUAACAUUUAAAAAUGAAUAAAAUCUUUAAGAUAAAUCUUUAGAUUUAUUCUCUUUUUCAUAAACAUGUCUUCAUUUACUUGCUUCAGAUGACUUCAAACUGUGUAAUUUACUUUAAUUAAAUUUGUUAAGUAUAUCACAGUAUCAUGAAGUUAAUUAGAUUGUUAUUCUAAAGCAUUUCACUGAAUUUCUUUCUAAUAACAUUUCACCUUCAAACUUAGUGAUUCUGGUUUCCUCUGUAAUUUACUGUAUUCAGCUACAUUGUGGAGUUUAGUUUAUUUUUACAGUCGCGGUUCCUCCACAGUGAAGAUUUGUUUGAACUACAUGCUGUAUUUACCCUGAAAAUUAUUUGAAUUAUAUUUGUUAGCUGCAUUGGCCACUCA